AUGGCUGUAAGGACUCUCUCAGUCUCUUCUAGCAAAUUCAAAUUCAGUAAGUACAAAUAUCACAGUCGAGUUUUUGUGGGAUGAAUGAACCAUAAAUCUGAUCUCAGUUUGUUUGUGUCGAUAGAAUACAUCUCAAGAGAGAACCAAGACAUACCGAUGGAUUUUCACAGUGCAACAGACCGGAAUGCACAGACACUCUUCCUCACAGAGAUGCUUCGAGGUAUUUUGCAAUCAUCUCAGGUGUUACAUAAGCUUAGUAAUCAUCUGUAAUAUUUAUCCAGACAACAACAAUAAAAUAAAAUCAGUCAUUGAUUUUAAUCAAUAUCAUCAAUAACAAUCAAUAAAAAUCUAUUGAUUAAUAUUGAUUGGCCUAGCCAAUCAAUAAAAAUCGUUUAUCACUCACCAAUGCGUCUAGACGUUAUUGAUUUUCAUUGAUUGCUAUUGAUAAUCAAUAGCUGAUAGUGCAACAGUAAAAACCUGGGUAGGCAUUUGCUUAAAUGCCGCUAUGUCAGUGGAAAUUUCCAUUUCCUGUGCAGUCAAGGGGUAUCACCACUGCCCUUUUAAAGUAAAGGAAGGGCAAGUGUUUUCUGUUUCCAAGAAGCGGGGAGAGUUACACGGUAACACAUUCAAAGAAAGCACAAUGGGUGACAUUUUAGUUUUCAAUAAAAGUCAAUAAAAUCAAUGUAAAUCAAUGAAAACUGAAAAUCACUCAAGAUUGUGGCUUUGACUUUUAUUGAUUUUCAAUAUCAAUCAAUUAAUUACUAUUGAUUUUUAUGACUAUUAUUGAUGAUAUUGAUCAUUGAUUUUGAUUGAAUGGUAUCAUCUAGUAUUUAUGUAUGCGAUUUAAUUCCAGUCAGCUUCUGAUUGUGAUCAAAUCAGGUACCAGGGGAUAUCAUUCAGAGUUUUCCUUACUCCACUGUGGGACUAUGUCAAAAAAUUUCCUUGUAACCUCUUACAUUACACACACCAUUCUACCAAAUUCCUUACAGGUAGACAGUGAACAUGAAUGGAGUGUUAAAAAAACACGUGUAUUUAACAAAUCAUUCACAUAUAUAUAUGUUAUUCACCGGCUGGGAGGUCCGUAUUGGGAGAAACUGUACCCGAGGUCUUGAACCUGAUCUGUAUAAGAAUUUUGUAUGGGAAAGUCUCGUUCGCCUGCAAAUUUACAUCAUCUUUGAGAAGAAAUAAAAUCCGGCAUGGUUUUGAUAAUAUAUAUCUUGAAAACAAUUAAGUUAUGUGUGCUAAGACUAUGUUUUAAUGGAAAUAACUGUGCAGAUGAUACUCUGUUUUAUACCUAUGCUCAGAUAUGAAGGUGUCAAACUUCACUUACAAGCAAACAGUGACUUGCAGUAUCAUAUUCUUUUCCUCAAAGGUCUUGGUAUGACUUUGAGUAAAUUUUUUCAAGAACCAGCAACCAUCAAUUACCCUUUUGAGAAAGGACCACUCAGCCCCCGCUUCAGAGGAGAGCAUGCCCUGAGGAGGUACCCUUCUGGAGAAGAGAGGUGCAUUGCUUGUAAGCUGUGUGAAGCCAUUUGUCCUGCCCAGGUGGGAUACUAGAAUUUGUUUAAAAGAACUGUAGUACUGUAAAUAGAAUGUCGGGAAAAGUGUUCACGUGAAGUAGGAAAAUAUCACAUCAUUUUAUGUUCCUAGUACUCCAGUUUGGGAAAUAAAAGAAAAUACUGGUAGUUUAAAUUUGCUGGUAAAUAUUUUUUUUUAGCAGAGUCUAUAAUUCUUCUUAUUUAGGAAAAUGUUAACAGCGUGUAAAGAAAAUGGUGUCUGAUAGUCUGGGGCUGGUGGAUUUUGCUGUCGGGCUGGUGAAUUCUGUUCUUAACUUGCCCGAUUGGAGAGUGAUUUUUUUGGGGGGGAAUUCAAAUUACAGAAGAACUGUAAUCAAUCCUGCUCAUCAAAUUUUUCUCGGGCUAGUACAUGCUAGCUACAGCUUGCCAAAUGGCAAGCUGUAAAACUGACUUUCUUUGCACCGUGGUUAAGCUUGCAUCAUUGUUAUUUUGUUCUGCUGUACUUUAUAGGCAAUUACCAUUGAGGCAGAACCUCGAGCUGAUGGGAGUCGCCGCACAACACGCUAUGACAUUGACAUGACUAAGUGCAUUUAUUGUGGCUUUUGUCAAGAGGCAUGUCCUGUGGAUGCUAUAGUGGAGGUAUUUGAAAGAAACCAAUCAAUCCUAAGCUUCUUAAAUCUCUCAAAAGUAACCAGUAAGAGAUAAUAUUCAGCAUCAAUGGAAUAAAGGGGUCAAAGCUUAAAAGAAAUUGAGUUGUGCAUCAGUGGGACAUUGAAACAUAAAAUUUGUCACUUAAAGAAAACCAAAUAUUUAAUAUUUAGUUUUAUUAUAAAUAUUUAGUUUUAUUAGAGUGAUUUUACCUAACGCAUGAAAUAGCUAGUAGAAUACUAUGCACUAUUAUGCACUAUUAUGUAUUCUUUUGUUUACCUGUUGCUAUUUUGCACCAGUUGUUUGUAUCUGUUUCUUGGGUCAAGUAAAAUCACUUUAAAUGUUAACUCACCACCAAAAAUAGAGAACGAAAGCUGACAUUUUGAAUACUGGCCCUUCAUCAGAGUGAAUCCAAGGGCUAGUACUAAUGGAAUGUCAGCUUUUUCAUCUCUUGUUAGGAAUGAAUUUGCUUCAUAACUUUUGAAUUUUUGAUGGUUUGUAAGAGAUAGUAAAAGUACCUUUUUGUUCACAUGAAAUAAAUUCCCUGUGGUACCUCUGGUUGUCUUUCAUUCCAUUGGUAGUGUUACACCUUUUGUGACUUUAGGUUUGUAAACCCCUGAAUAUAAGCCUCUCCAAACUACUAUUAAGAACUAUAAAUUUGCUGAAAAGCUAUGUGCCAUAACAGGGUUGUCAAUAAGGGCAGGUAGCCAGCUAAAACCGCCAGCUAGUUAGCCAUCCUUAGCGGGCUACUUUCAUCUCCUUCUACCAUAACUGCUGACAAAAAAUAGGCACCAUCGAAUAGAAUUGUAAAGCAUUCAUUUCCCAGUUUUGAAUGACAUUGAAUGCAUAUUUAAACAAGUUUAGAUCCAUGAAAUGCUCGAACCGUACGAUGUCGUGGAAUGCCUGGGACAUUUCAACAGCAUUAUUCCUAGUCUCGCGGGUAUUCUGAAAAAUCAACAUGGUGUCCACAUUGGAAAAUUCCUCUUGAAUACCCCUGGAAAUGCCAUUUCCAAGACUCUAAAUUUUAAAAUGUCCCUAGAUGCCUCAGCCCUCAAGAAGUUGUUCCUUUGGUGCGAGUUCCAAAUCCGCCUUCCAUUCAUUAUCAGCCUGUGACUUAAAAACUUUUUGACAGCCCUGCAUUCAUUGUUCUUUUGCAGGGACCCAACUUUGAGUUUGCUACGGAAACCCAUCAGGAGCUGUUAUACAACAAAGAGAAACUUCUGAACAAUGGUGACCGAUGGGAAGCUGAAAUAGCUGGAAAUCUUCAGGCAGAUUUUCUUUAUAGAUAAAGCACAAGUUUUACCAAAAAUCGAUUUUGUAAAUUAACUGAAAAUACCGAUAGCUCUGUAUUUUGCAUGAGCUGCAAAUUGAUGUAACAUUGUUUUAAACCUAUGAUUAUAGUAGUGGAUGAACAUGUUACUACUUAUAAGUGAACAUAAGUGGAACUUGUAGCUUAGAGUCAGAUUGAACUGAUAAGUGUUGUGGAUGAUUUUCGGUAUUUUAAAGGUUAUAUUGAGCAACUAAUGCUGAGGGUUAUCUUGAAGCAUUUAAUAACUGUGUUUGCAAAUAAAUUUAAAGAUCUUCUGUUUGUAUCUAUAUUUUGCUUUUUAUUCUUACGUAU